AUGGUUUUUGAUCCGAUGCAGGACGAUGGCACGGACAAAGGCAAAUACAGCAGCUUCGUCUUCCUCUUACCCGACCCGAUCCCCACUUCGACUUUGACUUCGAGAUGGAGGGGGCGGAGGAGGAGGGCAUCAGACGAGUCUUCGGUCCACGGUUUGGAGGAUAGCUCCGGCACGAAUAGGGAUGGCACCCAAUUUAUCUACGACUGUCUUCCCUUUAGGGUCGCCAAGCUGCAUCUAAUACAGCUCCUUCGUGCUCUCGACGAUGAUGGGAGUUCAACUGGCCAAGCAGUGGAUGGAGGAAGAAUUAGCAUGUUCGAUGAGCCACAGUCAGGUGAUGUUGGUGAGGUCGAUUGUGUGGAUAUGUAUAAGCAGCCCGCAUUUGAUCAUCAUCUGCUUAAGAAUCACAAAAUUCAGAUGAACCCAAGUUUCUCAACAAGAAAGAAGACAAAUGAAGUUUUCUCAAAAAGCCAACUUGUGGGUUUCCGUUGCCCACAAGGAAUGGUACCGAUACGAAGACCUAAAACUGGUUUGAAGUCUUUCUCAAAAUCUCAUGGUGGAAGCCUUCACACAUUUGCAACAAAACUUCCUAGCGAAUAUUCUGUAGGUAUUGACACAGCGGAGGUUGCGACUUACCAUGGAGCAAAAGCAGUAAUCACGAUUAAUAAUCCACGUGUGGAAGUGGGCCAAUACAGUAAAGCUCAAAUAUGGGUUCGAAAUGGACCUGAAGCUGAAACAAACAGUAUAGAAGUUGGAUGGGCAGUGCAUCCCAAAUUAUAUGGUGACAAUCGCACACGACUUACUGCAUAUUGGACUGCAGAUGGGUUUCAAAAAACUGGUUGUUACAAUAUAGAAUGUCCAGGUUUUGUACAAGUACAUAACGAAUAUCACCUUGGUGGAUAUUUUGCUAAUAUUUCUGUCUUUGAUGGACCGCAAUACGGUUUUAAAAUGACCAUUAUUCAGGAUCAAUCAACCGGAAAUUGGUGGUUGAUGGAUGAUGAUGAUUACAAAUAUGGAUAUUGGCCGAAGGAGAUAUUCACUCAUUUAGCUACUGGAGCAUCUUAUCUUCGAUAUGGUGGAGCAACAUUUUCGCCUUCUAAUAUACAAACUCCAGUACCAAUGGGGAAUGGUUAUAUUCCUGACAUCAAAGCCGAUGAAGCAGGUACUUUUACAUUUGUUCAAAUUGUGAACGCGGAUUACCAAAUUGUUGAGCUCACAGACAAAAUUGCUGGUCAUUUCUUUGAUUAUGGUCCAAAUUGUUACGGUAUUGUAGAUUGGUAUGAUGGCCAGGAUCCAAAUACAACCGGGCAUGCCUUCACUUACGGGGGUCCUGGUGGGCCAUGUCCUUAA